AUGGGCAGCAGCAGCACACUGUCAUCGGUGCGGGAGAUCCGGCGUUUGCAGCGUGCAGACGGGCCUGCAGCCAUCCUCGCGGUCGGCACGGCGAACCCGCCCAAUUGCGUGUCCCAGGAGGAGUACCCGGACUACUACUUCCGCGUCACCAAGAGCCAACACCUCACUGGCCUCAAAAAACAACUCAAGACCUUCUGCGAGAUGACAUCAACGGAGAUGCGCUACUUCCAUCACACAGAGGAGCUGCUGGACGCCCACCCUGAAUUCCUCUACCACGACAAGCCAUCCCUGGACGCCCGGCUCGACAUCGCCGCUGCUGCAGCCCCGGAGCUGGCGGCAUCAGCUGCAGCCAAGGCCAUAGCCAAGUGGGGCCGUCCGGCCACCGACAUCACCGACCUCAUCGUCAGCACCAACUCCGGCAUGCACGCCCCGGGCGUCGACCUCCGCCUGGCCUCUCUCCUCGCCCUCCACGCGUCCGUAUGCCGGACGAUGCUCAACCUCAACGGCUGCUCCGCUGGUGCCGCUUCCCUGCGCCUCGCCAAGGACAUGGCUGAGAACAACCGCGGGGCGCGCGUGCUUGUGGCCUGCGUCGAGCUCACGGUCGUCAACUUCCGCGGGCCCGAGGAGGCGUACCCACACAGGCUCAUUAGCCAGGCAGCCUUCGGCGAUGGCGCCGGAGCAGUCAUCGUCGGUGCUGACGCCGUGCACCCUGUGGAGCACGCGCUCUUCGAGAUGGUGUCGGCCUCGCAGACCACGAUACCAGCAACCGACGGCGUGCUCAACAUGCAGCUCACGGAAGCCGGCCUCGACGGCCACAUCUUCACCAGGGAGCUCAUUCCUCUAGCGGCACAGCACAUCGAGCAGUGUCUCAUGGAUGCUUUCCAGCCGCUUGGAAUCAUGAGCGAUGGCACCAAAUGGAACGAUAUGUUCUUUGUGGUGCACCCUGGCAUCCGUGGAAUAAUGGACCACAUUGACGGUGCACUCAAGCUGGAUCACGGGAAGCUGGCCGCGAGCCGGACUGUACUGAGAGACUACGGGAACAUGCUUGGUGCCACAUUGAUCUUCGUGCUCGACGAGCAACGGCGGCGAAUGGAGGAUGAAGGAGAGACGGGCGAGUGGGGUGUGAUGAUGGGAUUUGGACCGGGGUUCACGGUGGAGACCAUGGUGCUCCAUGUGGUGGCCAGCAACCUGCACAACAAAAAUUGA